AUGGAACGAAUCAUACAUUCCAGGACCGGAGCGAAACGCCUACUGCGUGUCACUGACACUCGUCGUGUGCUUGAUUGCCAAACGCAGUGUUGAUUGCUCUCGAGGAUCCAAUCGGAUCCAGAGGCCCCAUAGUUUAUGCUAUAUGUUGAUUAUGGACAUUGUCACAGGCUUUCUCUUGAGGCCACGGGCCCUAGUAUUUGUGGAGGGAUAUGCUGGACAUCAGCCAGCUUAUCCAUUGUAUCAAUUUUAUGAUGGUAUUGGCUGUUCUAUUAAGUAGAGACCUAAUGUCGUAUUGCAUAAAGCGAAACAUGGAGUGGAAAGACGGGACCACAUAGCUACAUUAUACAUGUAUACUGCUGCUGGUUUGGUGGCUUAGGGAUAGCUCUUCUCAGUUUCCAUCAUCGCCUGAUGUUCUCGACAUGCCGGAAGAGAAGUAUGUCCUGGACAAGGAAAUAUUGGCCACUUAUGGUGAGCCCAUGAGUCGACGGGAAAGGCCUCAUUCGGACGUCAGACAUGCUCGGCGACAGACUCUCCGGAACGGCAUCGCAUCGAUUAGACAGAGCUUCGUUGGAGGAUCCACCAAGCUCUACGAUACGAACAACCAACUGAAAUAUAUACCGAUACCUACACCGGAUCCGAAAGAUCCUCUCAAUCUUCCUCCAUGGAGAAAGAGACUUGCCGUCGGUUCAUUAGCGAUAUUUGGUGCUGUUAGCAUCGCAGCGGAGACUGCAGUCGCCAGUCUCGUCCCCGUCUUCAUAAUAUAUUAUUCCGGAAUCAGCAUAAAGGAAGUCGCGAAGAUCAAAAAGCUUCCAUCCGAUUCAGUAUCACACAAUCCACUGGAGUUCUAUGCUGGAUUGAAUGGCCCACCAGUCUGGAAAGUGUACUUUCUGGCCUCCAUGCCGUUAUUAACCACAGGACUGUCACAGUAUCUGAUUGUUCCUCUCACCCUUGCAUUAGGACGGAGACUCGUCCUUGUGCUCUGUGGUAUGAUAGCAUGGACUGGAGCUAUCUGGGCGGGCCUUAGCGCUUCGCUCGACAGCCAUGUUGCCGCCCUCUGUUAUAUUGCAGUUGGGACGGCAAUAGCGCAGAAUGUCCUACCCCUUGUAAUUCAAGACAUGUUUUUCAUCCAUGAGAGGAACAGAAACGUCAGUGUCUUAUGGGCGAUGCAGGGUGCUAUCAGUGUCGCAUCUGGCGUCCUUUCCCCAAUAGUGAUCAUCCACUGGGGCUGGCGGGAGCUAUACGCCAUUCUUGGUGGAGCAGUUUUCGUCGCUUGGUUGCUCGUUUGUAUAUUCGUACCUGAAACCCGAUGGGAACGGACUCCAGAGGAGCUCAAUGGACAAUCCAAGUUCCACUUGAAAAUCGGCGAAUAUCGACCGGAGCUUGACCCAAAGAUAUAUGGAAGUCGUAAUUUCUCCUCUAACUUCGGGAUCUUCAAUCGAAAGGCGAAUUGGAGGACGACACACAAGUCGUUUAUCUACACCGCGAAGUCAUACUUCUUUCCGAACAUCUUCUGGAUUGUGCUCCUGAACAGCGCCAUGGUCGCGAUCGCAAGCGCUGCUGCUCAGAUGGUCGCCCCUGUUCUGCUUGCGAAAGGGUGGGAGUUCGAACGACUCGGAUUUGCUACGUUUGCCAUCCUCGUCGCAUCCCCGGUUUCAUGGCUCAUCUGCGGGAAGGGGGGCGAUGCACUGGCCAACUACUCUGCUAAGAAGAAUGGCGGCAACCGCGAGCCGGAAAUGCAUCUGUUGAACCUCAUCAUCCCCAUCGCAUGCGGCUGUGGCGGAUGCAUACUUAUUGGGUUCGGUGGCGAACAUCUUGAACUGCACUGGAUGGUCAUCAUCUCUGGAAUGUUCCUCAUCGCUAUUAUGUACCUUUCAGGGGCUACCAUUAGCUCGGUAUACUGCGUAGAAAGCUACCCCGAGUGGGCUGGACCCGUGUUGAUCAACGUCUCCGCAUUCCGAUCGAUCGUCGGAUUCGCCUUGUCUUUCAAGGUAUCCAGCUGGGUAGAAGAGCGCGGAUAUAUGUUCAUCUGGAUCAUAUAUGCCAUCAUGUUAGGCGUCGUUUCGAUGGGCCUACCGAUCAUGUAUGUCUAUGGGAAAGACAUCCGAAGGGAAACGGAUGUUACCAAUCUGCUAUCCCACCUGAUGCCUCGUGAUAAAAUGCGAUGGAUCGGAAUCUUGACUGAUUUGCUACAUUCGACAGGCGAUGACUUGCAACUCGCAUCAAGAAAUCUAAUAUGUCUCGGGACGCUACGGAAAUUAGCUCCAUACGGUACAUAGUACAGUAUCCUUGGCAUGACUGACAGCCCAAACAUUGGCGGAGAAGACACGAUCGAAUUUAGUAUAGUUAGUAGGGAUAAGUUAGGGCAUUAAGGACCAAAGGGAGACUGGGCAACUUUAAAGUAAGAACAUCUCAGAAAGACUACGCAUUCUUGAACCAAACAUUAGGAUUGAUG